AUGAAUGAUCAUCAACAAUUAAAGGAAAAAAGAGACUUGCCUGUCAUUAAAAGUUCAAGUAAUGUGGAAAUAUAUGGAUUUGUUGGUUGGAUUGUAACAUUUGUAAUUCUGUUUUUAUAUCUUUCCUAUGCAUAUAUUCCCGAUGAAUGGCUUCAUAUUAUUGGAGUGACGUAUUACCCUGACAAAUAUUGGGCCAUGGCUAUUCCUUGUUUUUUAUGUGUAGUGUGGAUUACAUUCUUCUUGUGGAAUUACUUUUAUUAUCAUUACAAUUCCUAUCCUUUAGAUGAUUUGAGAUGCAUAGAAGACAAUAGAACCAAAUAUCUGAAACGAGAGAAUAUUGUACUGGGUUCGUGGGAAAACAAGAAUCCCAAAAAAACUGAUCCAGUUGUACCAAUCGUAAGAGAUUUACCAUUAGAAAUUGUUAACGAAAUGCUAUUUGAUAAGGAAGAAGAUUAA